AUGGUGUGGAAACGAUGGAGCCUUUAUUUCAUUGUCACAGCGGUCAUGGCAGAGAGUGCAUUACCAGAAAUUCAGCUCGAUUCAGUGGGAGGACAGUUGGUAUUUGCAGGCGAUUUUGCUGGCCUCUCACCUUACCGGCUACCAAGCCAGUUUGAAUCACUGGAUGCAACUUCACUGAUCCUAUCCGACAGCAUAGACGAUAUAAACGUAUUUCAAUCAUUCGCCACUAUAAAUGGAUCAAUUGAAACUUAUUGUCAAUUAGCUGAUAAUGAAUUCAUAUUGGCUGGCAACUUUAUUAGCAUCAAUGAAACCACUUACAACUACAUUGCUCGCUUCAACAGCCAAUCUCGCCAACUCUCCUUGCUAGACCAAGGCUUGGAUGGUGCUGUCAAGUCGAUUUACUGUACAUCAGAUGCCAUUUACGUCGGUGGUGAUUUCAUGGCGCCUGUCCAUGCCAACAUGUCGCAGUAUACAGGUCAUGCUGCAGUGUAUGCCAACAACCAAUGGUCGCCAUUGCCCUGGAAAGGCUUCAACGGCCCUGUAAAUUCUAUCAUUCAACACGCACAGCAAAACGCUAUUAUUUUUGGUGGUCAGUUCGAUGCCACAGGUGAUGGGCAGUACGCCACUCCCAACGCUUCAGCGACAACACAAAUGGUCAACCUGGACUCAUCCGUCACCAUCUCCAGUGGCAAUGGUGCCAGCGGUUCUGAUCCCAAGAGUGUGAUUUGCAGUCAAGCGCCUUGGCUAUUGCAAGACGGCAAUCCCGGCUACUGGCAAGCUCAAUUUGUGUUUCCUAUCCAACCGUCGAAAUUCAGACUAUCCAACUUGCAUUCAGCCGAUGGAAAGAACACUCAAACAUUCAACAUUAUUUCUCUUGGCUCCAAUCAGUACUUUAAUCUGUCGUAUCAAGACCCUAUUACUAACCAGAUGUUGACCUGCUCAGAAGCAUGUCCGCUGUCCAACAACUCCAAUAUACCCUACCAAGACUUUACUGUGGUCAACUCAAUAUCAACAAGCGGCAUCAGAAUCAACAUUGACGCCUGGUAUGGCUCUGCUGGUGGUCUAGGUGGAGUCAGCAUUUAUCGAUCCGACGCUACACUGCAGCCCAAUGUCGUUACCAACAGCUCUAUCACGUCCUCUUCUUGUUCAGCAGCAGCAGCAGCAGCAGCUCAGGACCCAGCAACAUCCUUUUCUUCAGUGUCAACUACUGGCACUUGGACGUCAAGGUACUCGUGGGGCAUUUACCAAACAUUCUUGGUGUCUGUGAUCCCUGCUAGCGAGUUGCACACAGCAGACGUCUCUGCCACCUACAAACCUUUUAUACCUGUGCAAAGUGUGUACGACAUUUAUGCGACAACCCCUGGCUGUGUAGGCACAUCAACGUGUGAUCAGCGUGUAUUGAUGCAACUGACGAUUGAAUUAACACCCGGCAAUACCACCACAGUUGCAUUAGACCAGAAUAUCAUCUCUGAUCAGCGCACACUGAUUUAUAGGGGGCCUGUAUCUGCAUCAACCGGCACAUUCCAGCCUUCCAUUGUCAUGAAGGUGGAUCCAGCUGCCACCACAUCGUCCUCUUCCAAUGUCACCAUCAUAGGCACGUCCAUCGAGUUUGCCAGAAACGCCACAGGUAUCAAUUUGUCCAGCGUAUUAAGCUACUAUCCUAGUAACAACACAUGGAGUGCUUUAGCACAGCAACUACCUGCAGGGUCAAUCGUUCAUUCGUUAGCAUCUGUAGACUCGUCACUCUACAUUGGAGGCCAGUUUACUCAAAAUACAACAUUUAGCAACGUUGUAGCGUAUGAUUUUGGCUCAACUGCGCUUAAGCCCUUGGCACAAGGUGGUGUCAAUGGUGCUGUUUAUGGCUUAUUGUUGGCAGAAGAUGCACGCUUAUUUCUAGCGGGUGCUUUCAAUAAUACAGCAACCCCUCAAACCAACAGCACGUUGAACCAUGUUGCUAUCUAUGACAUACCAUCCAGCAGCUGGUCUGGCAUGAAUCAGGGUGUCAAUGGUCAAGUCAACUCACUGUAUGCCACCAAAGACAAGCACGUUCAUCUGUCUGGGCCAUUCAACGCAACCGCAACUGGCUCAAGGCUCUAUAACAAUGCAGAAUGGGACCCAUCAGCUCAAUCUUGGGUAACUCGUUCGUCGUACAUCCUCGGUUCAAUAACAAAUCAAGUCCAAUUAUCAGACACUGCAACACUCUACCUUGGUUCGGUUCAAAACGCUCAAUCCUAUCGUGUUAGCAACGUGGCUUCUUUGGCUAGCAAUGGUAUGACUUCGCCCAUCACUGACAUUGACCCCAAUGCAAUUGUAUACACUGGUGCCUUUUGGAAAUCAUCGCCUAUACUGGCAGGCUCGUUCAAGCUCGGCAACACAGCGUUUCCUCUUGUCAUUUACCGCGACAAUACAUGGCAAGGGCUUUUACCGCAAGUACAAGGCAACAUCACUACACUCUCUGUCGUUCAAAACAGCCUACUUGUGGGCGGCCGCUUCAACGGUAUAACAGAAGACAAUGUUCAAGUGGCCAGCAUUGCCUAUUACGACCUUGAAAACAAACGAACGCUAGCCAUCACGGGUCUAUUUGACAACAAACAACAGCCAGGCACUGUACAUGUGGUUCGCCCUCAGGGUGAUGGAAAAUCAGUCUAUGUAGGCGGUGAUUUCUCGUUUGCUGGCAUGCUAAACUGUGAUGGUCUUUGUGUCCUUUCGCUAGAGACAAGACAGUGGACACAGCCCAAUCAAGGCAUCUCAGGCAUCGUUAAUGAUAUGUAUAUUGAUGAUACCACCCGAUUACUGACUGUGGCUGGCAACUUGAUUGUGAAUCAGAACACACCAACACCACUCGCCAGCAUAGACACAUCCUCCAAUACAGCCACUUGGACUGCAGCACCGGCAAAUGAGCAAUACACCUCGCCGACAGCUUUGCUAUACGAUAGUGACGAUCAGUUUCUGCUCACUGGCAGCAAAAAUAACGCUACUUGGGUUGCAAAGUGGGAUGGACACAGCUUUUCAUCCUUGGAUACGACACUGGGCGCUUCCUCUGUCGUUCAUCAGUUGCUAUGGAUACCUAUCGCUCCAGAUUCCGCUGCUUCUAUUUCUCGUUACCCGUCUGAUUCAGACACCAUGCUAAUGGCUGUGGGUCACCUUGUAUUGCCCAACUUGAAAUCGAGUUGUAGCGCUGCCUUAUUCGAUGGCAGUAAGUGGCACCCCUAUCUCCUCUCUGCAGCAAGCACUGGGUCACCGGGUCGCAUUCAUGGAAUGUUUACCGCCACAGCCUGCUGCAACGCCUCCUACAAGACUCGUCGUUAUCUCUCUGUACCUGCUGUCAUUCUGAUCUCUAUUGCCAUCUCACUUGGUAUCUUGUUCUUACUAAUUGCAUGUGCGUUUGCCUACAUGUUCUUAAAGCGUCGCCAUCAUCCACCAAAGUACUAUGCAGAUCCCAUGAAGGAAUGGAGACCCAAGUACAGACCCGCGAGUUUGCUUGCCAUGUUGGAUGCUGCCAACUUGAAUGGUAAGGAUACUGCUGUAGCGACUGGCGCUGGUGGUGCUGCAUUAGCUGGUGCCGACGCUAUUGCUACAGGAAAUGACAAGCAAGCAGAUACCAAGACAACUGGGUAUUCAACAGCUUUGGAUGAUGCUCAUGGACCCACGCAUCGUGGCCAGACUAGUAUGGACAUGUCAGAAGCAGCUGCGGCAACCGCACGAUACAGAAACUCGAGUGGAUUUUCCAUGGGCUUGGGUUUACCUUUUAGUGUAUUGAUGGCGAAUGCUCUUAGAAGCAACGAUACAUCGUCUGAAGCUACUGAAGAUGCGCCCAAAGUGUAUUAUGCUAAAUACCCAUUUGAUGCCAAGGAGUUUGGUGAACUGGCAUUUGACGCUCAAACACCCAUCGUCGUGACAGAUACCAGUGAUAAUGUGUGGUGGAUGGGUUACAAGGAUGACGGCUCUGGCAACCCUGUCUCUGGCUUGUUUCCAAGUAAUUAUGUAACAAAAGCAAAACCUUUUUAA